AUGUAUUGGAUUGUGAGAGCUUGGAAUACAAUAACAAAAACUAUUAUGGUGUCUUCAAGGGAUGAUAAUGAGACUACACCUUUGUUAUCUAGAAUAGCAGAAACGCCAGAAAUACCUCAUAAAAAAUCUUCUCCAAAAUUAAUUUAUUCUUAUAUUUUUGGUAUUUUAUACUUAUUAAUUAUCUUUGUAUAUUAUAUUCGAAACACUUUACCUAUUCCUCUAUCUGACGUUGAGGCUCGGGAACAAAAUGAUUUCCCCGGUAUUCACUGUUACAAUGAAUAUCUCUCUCACUUUAAUAGCCCUCACUCUGCUAACCAGAAAGGAAACAUUGAAAUUAAGAAUUGGAUCGUUAAUCUAGCUAAUGAGUUUAAGCUAGAAGCAAAACAGAAUGGUAUUGACAUGGAAAUAAUUGAUAACGACCCUACUGUUCUUGUAUCAAAGAGAAAUAAAUUCAUAAAUGAUGAAUAUUGGUUAGUUGAGUCAAGAAAUGUAAUUAUUAGACUCAUAGGAAAAACAAAUAAUUUAAAUGAAUCUUUCCUUAUUAACGCACAUUAUGAUAGUGUAUCUACAAGUCAUGGUGUAACAGAUAACGGUAUGGGUACAGCAGUAGCUAUCGAAUUACUUCGAUACUUUGUACAGCAUCCACCCCAGCAUACCAUUAUCUUUUUGUUUAAUAAUUUUGAGGAAGGUGGCUUAAUUGGAGCUGAUGCAUUUGUUAAUCAUCCCUGGUUCUCUACCAUUAAGUUAUUUGUUAAUUUGGAAGGUACGGGUGCUGGUGGACGUGCUCUGUUGUUUAGAAGUAAUAGUCUUGCUGCUGUUCAUGGCUUGGCUUCAUCCAAUGCUCAUUAUCUUCAUGCUUCCCCACUAGGGAAUGAUCUUUUACAGGCAAAAUUGCUUAAAAGUGAUACUGACUAUACCACGUUUACAAAACAUGGUGUUCCAGGUCUUGAUUUCUCCUUCUACUAUCCUCGUUCUCAUUAUCAUACUCAAAGAGAUGAUUUGGCUCAUACUACACCUCAAUCCCUCCAACAUAUGGGGCAAAUGGCAUUAGCAUCUGUACUUAGUAUUGAUAAUAGUGAAACAAUUGUUCCCAAAGCAGGAAAACCUGAGCCCGUUAUUUAUUAUGAUAUCUUGGGUCGUUUUAUGCUUGUCUAUAGCUUUUUUACAUGUCAAUUCAUCAAUAUAAUCUCACUUAUUUUGGUCCCUAUUGGACUCUUUACUUGGUUUUGGUUUUCAAGUAACGGACAUAUUGAUGAAAGAAAGGAACGCUUGAAACAUAACUUUAUACUUAUUUCACAGGGCUUUGUCGCCGUUUUAAUCGCUUUAGUCUUUAUGAUUGUAUUUGUUGCAUUAUUCUCAUGGAUCAUGCUUAUGGCAAACCCUUCAGCUACUUACGGAAGUAUCAAGAUAGUUGUUCUUUAUUUAACAGCUGCUGCAUUAUUGGGUUUACUUGUUUCACAAUGGGUAUUAAUACAAUCUUCAAGGACAUCUCAACUCAGCCUGGCUAAUAUGAAAGUUGGAUUUUAUGGACUUACAGUCCUUUGGUAUAUUUUACUUGUUUAUGCUACUUAUUUAGGAUCUAAAAAAGUGACAGCAGUCUACUUUGCAAUCUAUUUCUUUCUUAGCAGUACAGUAUCCACAGUUGUUCUUGUUAAUACAACACCUAAACAAGAAGAGGAUGCAGAGUUAGCCUUCAAGGGGGGUCGCUACUGGCCUAUUGUUUACCUCCUUCAAAUCUGUAUUCCAGUUGUUUUUAUGUCUGAGUUUUUAUUACUUGUCAUGGAUUCUAUGCGCCAUACAAGCGCAGAUGGAACACCUGAAUCUUCCAUCUAUUUAUUACUCUCUCUUCCUAUUAUCUUAAUGCUAAUCCAUUUACUGCCAUGGGUGCAUAAAGCAGCAGAGAUACAAAAGACGACCUUUUGCACAAGCGUUGUCUUUGUUGCACUUUUCAUCAUCUGUUUCAUGUCCAGUCCAUUUGAUGGGGAGACUUCACCCAAUCGUAUCAUCUUUCAACAGGAAUACAAUGCUACUGAAUCAUUAUCAACUGUGGCACUCAUCACUGGCUCAUCAGGGGGUAUACUCCAAAAGACUUUAAAAUCUAUUUUACCAAGAUCAGAGUAUGAUACUGUACAAUGUGAAUCCUAUUUAACUUAUCAGACACGAUGUACUUAUCAAACCUCAUUGACACCUCUCUAUGCAAGAGAUCCCAAGAAGGAAAUUAAAGUAGCCUAUUCGCCAACUCAUUGUGAUGAAGAUCGAUGUUAUCUUAACAUCAACACUACUGCAGAACAUAGUUUACUCUGCCAGCUACAACUGAGUCACCCAGCUCGAAUUCAAGGAUUACAAGCAAAGAUUAACGAUUAUCCUAUUCAAACAGGGAAAGAGGAUAUAAUUCAAGCAUUGACUGUAUACUCUAAGGAAUCAGUUAGUGUUGUACGAUGGGAUUUGUCUUUUACUUCUAACCAGAAGGCAGAAGAUGUGGGUGAAGUGAUGUUUAGUUGUAUUUAUGAUGAUUGGACAGAAGGUGAAUUACCUGCUUUUAAUACUCUUAGAAAUAAUUUACCAUUCAACACAUUAUUGAGUAUUAAAGGAGGUGUGGGUCUUGCUAAGGUUCAUUAUUACCCUUCUAUUCCUUUAUUGAGUAAUGAUGAAUAA